GAGGACGAGGGGGCGUGGUUUCGAGUGGGCGGCACCAAUGGGGCGUGUCCUGACAGCGACAGGGCGUGGCCGUCUGACUGGGGCGGGGCGCACGCUGGCAGCCGGCGCGAUGGCGGCAGACGGGGACUGGCAGGAUUUCUAUGAGUUCCAGGAGCCGGCCGGGAGUGUCCGGGACCAGGAGAACUGUAACGCGAGCCCGGAGGCUGGAGCGGGGGCACACGCGGGCGGCGACAGCUUCCCGGCGCUGGCUUCCAGCCUGGAGGAGAAGCUGAGCCUGUGCUUCCGCCCCACGUCGGACGCCGACCCCCCGCGGGCGGCCGUGCGGCCCAUCACGGAGCGCAGCCUCUUGCAAGGGGACGAGAUUUGGAAUGCCCUGACAGAUAAUUAUGGGAAUGUCAUGCCUGUAGACUGGAAGUCGUCCCAUACGAGGACCUUGCAUUUGCUUACUCUGAACCUCUCAGAGAAAGGGAUGAGUGAUGGCCUUCCCUUCGACACCUCAGAUGAGGAGGAGCUGAGGGAGCAGCUGGAUAUGCAUUCAAUCAUUGUCUCCUGUGUCAACGAGGAGCCCCUCUUCACUGCAGACCAGGUUAUUGAAGAAAUUGAAGAAAUGAUGCAGGAGUCACCAGACCUAGAAGACGAUGAGACCCCCACACAGUCAGACCGGCUCUCCAUGCUCUCCCAGGAGAUUCAGACUCUCAAGAGCUCUAGCAUGAGCAGCUGUGAAGAGCGAGUGAAAAGGCUGUCAGUGUCUGAGCUAAACGAACUGCUGGAAGAAAUUGAGACGGCCAUUAAGGAGUACUCUGAGGAGCUAGUGCAGCAGUUGGCCCUGAGAGAUGAGCUGGAGUUUGAGAAGGAAGUGGAGAACAGCUUUAUUUCUGCUCUGAUUGAAGUGCAGAACAAGCAGAAAGAACACAAGGAGACAGCCAAGAAGAAGAAGAAGCUCAAAAAUGGCAGCUCUCAGAAUGGGAGGAAUGAGAGAAGUCACAUGCCAGGCACACUCAAAUGCCAGAGGAAAACCGUCCUGUCUGUAACACAGACAUCCUGAACCUGGUGAUUCUGAAGAUAGUUAUAGGUGGUGCACAAGUGGCCAUUUGGGUAAAUGGAUUGCUGGAUACUUCAUGUAACAUGUGGUUGUGGCACAUGACUCACUGAGUGGACUAUCAACAGCAAUACUCAUUCAAUAACUGGUAUCUCCAUGGACACGCGUGCGUUGCCUGUUUUUCCAGUGACAUCACUCUUUUCCCUCCCAUCAGUGCCUUUGAACGUUUCCUUGGAUGUGGAACAACUUCCUUUUGUUUUCAACAGUGCUUUAUAGUUUUACAACAACACAUAUACCCGCUUACAGUUGGUGUAGUAUGCCCUAAAGGCCAGCUUGUUCUCUUAGGUCCAGGUGAUGAACUCCGAUGAAAUAUCUGCUGGGAGUAGAUAAGGAUUAGACAUCCAGCUCUUGUCCUCCAGCAUGUUUUGUUUCAAACAUUUGCCCAAGAAAAAAAUUGAGUAAAUGUUUGGGCUGCUGUCUAGAGAAUUAGAACAUUUUAUCAGGGCAUGAGAUUGUAUUGGAUAGUAAGGGAAAUAAUGCAUAUCUUAUAAAAGUGAAGUGUUACUGUGGUUUGAGUGUAAAAUUUUAAAGUAGUAAUAUGUAUGAGGUAGUAUGACCGUGUGCGUUCACUGGGCAAUCUUGCGGACUAUUCCUUGUGCCAGGCACUGUUCAAGAUACAGUGGAGACUAAGCCAGGCCAAGCGUAUGCAUUGAGCACAGAUUCUUCAGGGAGAAGACUGAUAGAAACAACCAGCCAACAAGUAAACAUACAAAAGGAUGCUUGACCUUUGUGAUGUCAGUGGAAGCAAAUGCCUCGAAACAGGGCUGGCUGAGUAAGAUGGUUGAGCUGCUGCUCAGUCAUUGUGGAUGUGGUGGUUGCUUCUGCUUCUCUGCUAUGGUCAGGGAUUGACAGAGGCUUGUCAGCCCCUCUCCCAAUCUCGGUUUGGAAGGGCAUUUAGAAGAGUCAGUCUUGUUGCAGUGUGAUUUGGGACAGCAGGGGGCUUGAUGCUGCUUUCCCUUGUUUUGAGCACCUGGAGCAGCACUUGGAUGGUAGAGGCUGGUCUGGGGGUGCUUCUGCUUCGCAGGAUGCUGUGAUCGGAUGCCUAGGUGAAGGCAUGCCCCUUUAUGGUUCUCCAGACUUUUCCGCAGCAGGCUUUCCCUCACCUGACUCUUUGCCUUUCCCUUCCUGUUUCUGUUUUUAAACUCAUCCUUCAAAAUUAUGGUCAAGCAUUGUCUUCUGCUCUUUAAACCUUCUUCAAGGACUCCUCCUUCAACACAGAAUGGACUAGAUGCCUCCUCUCUUGGGGUUAGUAUGAUACCUUUUAAUUACUUCUAGUAGCAUCGAAAUACCAAUCUUGUUUAUUUAUGUGCCCAUCUCUGUGAUGCUUUGUUGAAGAUAGGACAUUUAGUUUUGCUUUCUUAGUGUUUUUAGGCCCAGUAUAAGGUACCUAGUGCAUUUCUGUGGACAAAUAAGAGAUUGAUGAUCUACAUCUGUGUCUUGAAUCUAUGUGUCUGGUGACAGCUCCACAGAAGCUAAGAAUCUCUGAAUCCUGCCCCGCCAUUCUGGAUGUAGAGACUUAAGUUUCAGGUUUAAUGACAUACUAUGUCUAAGAUUACAAUAUACCCUGAGAAAAUGUUAGUUAUUGUAUAUGACUAAAAUGUUAGUUAUUGUAUAUGACUACCUGCUUGCCAGACAUUCUGCUUGGAGAUCUCUCAUAGUAAUCUGACAUUUGUAUUGUGAAACCAUGGUUAGUGUAACUAGUUCACUCAUACAGACUCAUUGAAAUUAAUAGAAUUCUAACUUUUCACAUUGUUAACAAUAUGAGGAGAUGGUUUGCUAGUACUUGCCAGAAGCAAAGGUAUGAUUGACCUUUUCAAAUGCACUGAUCUGGUAGGAAGUUGUGGUUUGGUGCAUUCGUCUCCCUCGUGUGUUGCCUAUGCUGUAGUAAUUGAGAUGGUUCUUAUGUGUAUUUGAGGUGCAGAUUCUUCAGCUGCUGUCGUACCAGGUUGUGUUGUAGUCAUUGGCUCCAACCUCCAUGUCAUACACAGUGCAGGCUCCUGAAGGGCUCAUUUGCAGCUUAUCAGUGCCUCACUCACCUCUAGUGGAUUCAGACUGACUCCCAGAAGGUUUGGAGUUUGGAUUUGAAUUAAUAUUAUUCCCACAGGAUUAUUUUUUUGGUGGGAAGGGGAGUGGGAGAGCCAGGCUCCUGUUUAUAUCAGACAUUUUCACAGAUCAUUAACUUUUAGAGGCACUUCCCUUGGGCACAAAAACAAGUUGAAAUAUUCCAGGAUAUGUUUUAAUUCAGUUGCUCCUAUACCUGCAGAAUUAUCUCAAGCUUGAAAGACACUGUUGUUUACCUGCCUCUGUAAUCGUGUGGAUGAAAAGGGACAUAUCCUUUCAGAUCCAUGAAUCUUUGGUUUACAGGACAGGUGGGAGGUGUCUUACUCUCAGUCUUUGACUGCAAAGAUAUUACUCUUUAGAUAUCUUUUCUGUUUGGUCUAAUCACUUCGAACUUUCUAGAGAGUUUAGAGUCUUAUUACUCUUUUUUUUUUAAUUGGACAUUUUAUGUAUUCAUAUUUCAAAUGUUAUCCCCUUUCCAGUCUCAACACCCUGGCAUUCCCCUACACUGGGAAAAUGAGCCUUCUCAGGACCAAGGGCCUCUCCUCCUAUUGUUGCCAGACAAUGCCAUCCUCUGCUACAUAUUCGUCUGAAGCCAUGGGUACCUCCAUGUAUACUCUUUGGUUGGUAGUUUAGUCCCUGAGGGUUCUGGGGAAUCUGGUUGAUUGAUAUUAUUGUUCUUCCCAUGGGGUUGCAACCUCCUUUGGCUCCUUUAGUCCUUUCUCUAACUCCUCCAUUGCAGUCCCCAUGCUCAGUGUUAUGAUUACCUGCAAGCAUCCUCAUCUGAAUCAGUAAGGCUCUGGUAGAGCCUCUCAGGAGAAAUCCAUAUCAGGCUCCUGUCAGCAAGCACUUGUUGGCAUCAGCAAUAGUGACUGGGUUUGGUGUCUGUAUAUGAGAUGGAUCCCCAGGUGGGGAGGUCUCUGGAUGGCCUUUCCUUCAGUCUCUGCUCCACUCUUUGUCCCUGUAUUUCCUUCUGUGACUAUUUUGUUCCCCCUUCUAAGAAGAACUGAAGCAGCCACAUUUUGGUUUUUCUUUCUUCUUGAGCUUCAUGUGGUCUGUGAAUUGUGUGCUCUUUUGUGACUGGGUUAUCUCAGAAUGAUAUUUUCUAGUUCCAUCCAUUUGCCUAAGAAUUUCAUGAAGUCAUUGUUUUUAAUAGCUGAGUAGGAGGAAAAUUUAUUAAGUGGUUUAACUUGGUAAGCUCGCCUCUAAUGAUGCUUGGGAGAUUAGCAAGAGGUAACUGAUAAAUUCUAGAGAAAGCAGGAAACUUGAAUAUAGAUGAUUGUACAUUACGGUUUUUGACAUAGAGAAGAUGGUCGCUUAAAGAUGAGAAGAGCUAGCUGGAUGGAAAAAGCUCUUCCUUGGAUGUUUUCUCCCACAGAUGCAUUGCUUUGUUUCUGAUGCUCCUUAUUAUGACAGUUGGACAAUUUACUUUGUCUCUCCCUGUCUUGCAAGAGUACCCCCACUGAUAGUUUCCCAUUUAAUAUUGUUCAAAGCUGACAUUAAGGCAAGAGAAUUUUGUUUUCAUUUAGACAGUCACUACUAGAUCACUUGGAAAUUACUUUAAUUCUAGUUCUCAACCUAAAAGGUAUAUUCUGACAUAUCUACUUGAAACUUUGGCUUUUGUUUGGAAAAAUAAAAGUACCAGGAACCCCCUUUUCCCUUUCCUUAAUUUGGAAUUUUUAAAUGAACCUUUGCAAAGGUAGCAAAGCAGAUUGCUACUGCCCCACAUUUCUUCUCCAUCUAUUUUAUAAAUAAAGUUUUAUUGAAACACAGCCAUAUCUAUUCAUCUUCUUGGUACCUGUGACUCUUUUUAUACUGUGGAGACAGAGUUAAAGUGUUCCAUUGGAGGCUGUGUGGCCAGCAAAGCCUAGGAUCUUACUCUCUCUCUGACCUUGUACAGAGACUGCUGGCCAGCUCUUUAUUUGAAUUGAGUAUACUUAAUAUUAGGGGAAGGGACUGGAGAGGGCGCAAUAGUUAAGAAAGUUUGCUCUUUCAGAGGACCUCAAAUCAUUUCCAGCACCCUUAUCAGUUGGUUCACAGCCAUUUCUAACUCUAUGGGAUCCAAUGAUCUCUUUGGCCUCCAAGGGUAUUUCAUGCAUGCAGUUCACAUAUAUACGUGCAGGCAAGAUAUGCAUACGCAUAAAUAAAAAGAAAUAUUUUCUAAAAUUUAGAGGGAAAAUAUAAACUCAAUUUGGAUUUGAUACUACACUUGAUCUUAGCCAAAAGGCCGAGAAGCGAUCAAUUUGGAUUUGAAUAGACAGACCAUAACAUAUAAUUCAUAUAAAAUGUUGCCCUGUUCUGUCCUAAGGUUUUGCUAUUUAGCACUUCUUCAGUAGCCUGAGUUUAGGUUACAAGAUGGCCAUGCAUUGACCUAUCCAUCUUCAAGCCUCACAAGCUCCUGGGCCAACUACAGACCUUUGUUCUAUGUAUGUCUAAGCUAGUAGCCCAGCAAGGGACCUGGUAGGUAGACCAGUUGUCUCUAUUUGAAAAUAAAUAAAAGGAAUAACUAUGAUGGAUGUUGUCUGGGCACAGUUUUCCCACGUAGUGGUAGAAGAUGAUUUAACAGAAAAUAAUGGAGAAGGCACUGAUUGAUCCUUUCCUUUUUAAACAGUUAUCCGUGAAAGGAUAGUUUUGUCUUGUAUCCCUCAAAUCCAAAUAUUAAUAUAUUUUCGACAAUAAUUUGUGGAUGAUAAUUGAUAGUAUUUCUUUUCUCUCUUUCCCUCACUCCUCCUCGUCCUCAUGUCCUCUCUCUUUCCUUCCUACCCUUCUUCCUUCUUUCCUCCCUUGCUUCUUUGGGAUUAAACCUGGGGCUUUACACAUGCCAGGCAGGGGUUGAACAGCUAAGUUAUACUCUGUACUUUCCUUUAUCGUGAAGAACAUCUCCUAAGAGUUAGUAUUUAUCUGCUUUGGAUAAUUCAAAUUUUCAAACUUGGAUAUAAGGGUUUUUGAAGAGAAACUUUGGCGGAAUUCUCUUAAACUUUACACUUCACAUUGAAACUAUUUAACUUUCUUAAAGUAUUUAAACAAGGUAUCACCUGGAGCUCUCUUAUGUAGAUCAGGCUGGCCCCCAACUGACUGAGAUCCUCCUGCUUCUGCCUCUCAAAUGCUGGGGUUAAGGGCGUGUGCCCCUCACUCAACUCCACUUUCACAGCUCAGGCAGUAUCCGCUAUCUGAACAUUUGUACUUGGUAGUUUUCAUUCUAUUGCUUUUCAUUUUUCCUCAUACCUUUCUAAUAUUAUUAUUAUUUUUUGCUUAAUUUUAAGAAAUUUGUUUUAUAAAAAAGUCCCUAAAACUACUAUUUAGUUAGUACUCGAUGAUUGUUAAACUAUCUAAUCUGACGUGAUUUGUGGGGAAUGGAAAUGUCUUCAAAUUAAAUUAUUUUUAAAUUAUGUGUAUAUUUCACACCACUUCAGUACCUGUUGCUCACCCACAGAGGCCAGAGAAGGUGUUAUGUUCCCUGGAGCUUGAGUUUCAGAGGGAGGCGCUGGGAUUUGAACUCAGGACCUCUGGAAGGGCAGCCAGUGCUCUUAACCACUGAGCCAUCUCUCCAGCCAUAUUUCGCCCUCUUCUGAGUUCCCCAAGCAUAAGAAUAUUAGUGGCAGAAGGGAAGAUGAGAAUGAGUAUAAAAGUCAGUGAAAAGCUCCCCUUAUUCAUUUAUGUUUUUUCCUGACACAGCUUUGGUUCUAUAAGUUUGGAAGCUGCUCUGCCUGGUUAGAGACCGAGUGGGUCAGCUCAGAUGAGGCACAGAGCAGGCCCUCAGGCAGAAAUAGCUCAAGUCUUCUGGUCUCCUUCUUCUUCUUUUUUUUUUUUUUUUUUUGUUCUUUUUUUUGGAGCUGGGGACCGAACCCAGGGCCUUGCGCUUCCUAGGUAAGCGCUCUACCACUGAGCUAAAUCCCCAACCCCUCUGGUCUCCUUCUUAGCUUUGCUUUUCCCUGUGUUGAAUAUGUUCGUUGUUUGUUUGUUACUUGACUUACUGAAAUGUCCUGUGUAGAAAGAGCUGAUGAAGAGAAUUAUAGAGAGUACCGGACAGACUCCAGCAUCGUGUCUGGUUCUUACUGCUUUCGAGUUUGCAGGAACUUUUCCGAUUCUCUUCACUGUUCAUGAAGACCCUCACAGCUUGAGCUGAUUUCUGGAUCUUAUUUCUUCCUGUGCUCUCCAGUCCGUUCUGCUCUGGCCUGCAGUCAGGAGCCCAGUGUUUCUCAGUCAUCAUCUCAUUUCUCUUUGGACAACUUGAUGCAGUUUCUGUUGUUCUGGACAAAUGGAAGAGGACGCCAUGAUUUCUUUUGGAAAUGAUGCCUGUUAUUCCAGCCCUCUGUAAAUGAAUAGAGUCCACACUUCUCAAAAACAUUGAUCUUUUCUAAGCUCAUUGCUGAGUUCUUCCUGUGCACUACUUCAUUUUAAACUGCACAACAGCCCCACAAAGAAUAUUAACAAUAUUCUUACUGCUGAGUCCUGAAUAAGCAAAUGUUAGGUCUACAGAGGCCUUAGCUCAAGGAAAUAGCAGGUACGGAGAGAGUUAUCUAGAGGUGGUGGAGGAAUCUAGAGUGCAGAGCUCUCCAGAGGGAAGAGCUAGGAAUGGCUUACUGUUUUUCCUUUGGGCCACGCAGGCAGGUUGUACACGGGCUCAGAGCUCUUACCUCCUCUCUAUCUUUUAGAUCUCGCUUACACUGUGUUUGUUGCUCCUGGUUUUGUCUGAGGAAAGUUUUCAGAGAAUGGAUGUUUUUGAGAUUCUUAAUCCAUACUCUUGCCAGGGAAGGAAAUGGUCAGAGGCAACUGAAUGGUCCGUGCUACUGAAGCCUCUGUGUUCUAUGCCAAAUAACCCCUUCCUUCCCCCAGCCUUGCCACAGACGUUGGUAUUUUGUCUGUAGCAAGGGCAACAAUAAGGCAAAUGCUGUAAUGCUGAAUCACCUUCCUGCCUAUGUAGGCGUUCAUGCAAAACAUUCCAUUCCGAGCAGGGCAUUUUGUGGAAAUACAAACUCCUUCCUAAAGAUGCCAUGGGAGAUAACAUGAUAACAUAGAACCAGAACUUUCCCCACUGUGUCACUUUUGCGCUGGGCCAUUUGGAUUUUCUGCCUGGUAAGUGGGAAUGCUAAAUUGAAUGGAGGGAAAACUGGUUCCUGACACUCCUAAUAUUUUCAUUAAUCUUAUUGAUUCAUUUUAAUGAAAGUAUAACAGAGCUCCAGCAUCAUUCCUGUCUGUCAGCAUUCAUGGCCUUGAGACUUAGCGGCCAGUGCCUUGACAUAUCUGUAGCCCCUCAUUUUGAGAAGUGGUGAGCAGAGAAAUGCCCCUACUUCCUCUCCCCACUCUUUCCCUCUCAUUUAAUGAAGUUUAGCUAUGGAAAGAAUCCUUACUCUGGUCCAGGUUAGCAACAUAACCACUAAUAAUACUGCCUCUGGUCACCAGGUUGUUAAGUGUAGCAUUUCUAGGUGACAUGAUGCUCUUAAAAAGUCAUUCUAAAUUGUCUCUGAAACUUUACCUUCUAAAAUUAAUUUUAUCCAAGUAUGUGUGUUUUUUAAACUUUAGUUUUGUAUUGUUUUGUUUUUUAAAGGAUGAAGCAGUUGAGAGGCAGGCUCUAUCCUUGGUCUACGGAGUUCUUUCCAGUUCUUCCCGUCCCCUACCUCCUUCCCUUGCUGUGUUCUCUCACUCUUGUGCCUCUCCGACCUUCUGCCUCACUGAGCUGCUGCUGCUCCCAGUAGCCUGGGUGUUGAGUUCUUAGUUGCUAGUUGCUACAUCUCUUCACAAAUCAUGUCACUGCGGUAUUUUGCCUGACUUUGUUAAUCUUGUGUUGAUUUCCUAGAUUCGAUUCUCCAUGCUUCACUCCUUUGAUCAAUAAUUUUGUGUCCCAUCAUGCCACCAUUCUCUGCUCACUCUUACAUGGCUUUUUUCUUUUGGGUCAUUUUUCUUUCUCUCUUCUAAGAGGCAGAGGCCUUGUUAUCUGGUAAAAAUUUUCCUGGCUCAGAGGCUCUUGGCUUCUAGUGUUAAGGGUGUUACACCCAGAGGAUAGCAGGUAAAUUUCCAAGCCCUUCCUAUGACCCGGGCCCUGGGAAGUCACUGUGAUGGAGAGAUGCAGGAGUCCCUGUCUCUCUCUUGAAAACAAACUUGUUUCCUCAUCAAGAAACAAAGCCGUGGCAGUCGGCCACUGGCAUGUUAUCUGUGCACUUCUGUCAUUCUGGGUUAGUUACAGCCUCGUGGCUCUCUGAUGGUCGGUUUGUGUGUGCAUGUUUGUGGUGUGUGUGUAGCUUUGAUUUGAUUUGCCUUCUUAAAAAAAGUAUCUUUUUGGCUAAGUUAAUUUGUAUAUUCAUAGAAUAUUUAAAUCAGAAGUCCUUCACAUUGUAUCUCUUGAACAUCUUCAUGGUGAGGACUCAGGCCUCAGGUGACUCGGAGCUCACACUGUGGCACGGCCGAGCCGGAAGGAGACCCAGAUCUCUGAGUUUGAGCCUGGCUUUUUGCUGCCCGAGGUGACAUUACUUUUUUUUUUUUUCUGAUUCCAGAUACUUUUGACUGGCCCAUGACUCCUGGAUUCAUGUAAAAAUCUGCACAUAUUUUAUCAGUAUUAUGAGUAGGAAUUUCUAACAGUAGUUCUCAAUCUGUGGGUCAUGGCCUCCUAGGGGGUUGAACAAACCUUUCACAGGGGUUGCCUAAGGUCGUCUGCACAGAAGAUAUUUACAUCGUGAUCCAAAACAGUAGUACAGUUACAGUUAUGAAGUAGCAACAGACACAGUUUUGAUGGUUGGGUUCACCACAGCAUGAGAAGAGGGUCCUAGCAGUAGGAAGGUUGAGAACCGUGGCUAUAGAGUCUUGUGGCUCAGGCCAUCCUGCAGGUCCUCACAUGGUGAAGACAAGGCCGUGCUUUUAGGGACAUAAAUGUGAACAUGAUCUGACUGUUUCUGUUAGGUAUAUGAAAAAUUGAUUUAACCGAUGUUUCUGUGCUCCCACUCCAGUCCAUCUUUCUUCAGAUACUGUGACCUGUAUCUGCCAUUAAAAAUACCAUGAAUGGCUGGGCACAGGUAGCUUUUCGCAUGUGCCUGUUGAGCUGAUCCCUCAGAGACUGAAGGAGAAUGGCUUGAGCCCAGGAGUUCGAGGCCAGUCUUGACAGAGCACCAAGACCCUUUCUUAGACACAGUGGACAGACAGGCCCACAUAUGCAUACAGGUACACAGGGUGAUAGUUGAAAAACCAAAGUAUACACAUGCAAAGUGUCUAGAGAUAGUACACAGGACAAAACGGGGUUGAAAUCCUGAGGACACUAGGCAGAGACAGUCGGAUACUUGAAGAACCUAGAGAAAAGGGCUGGGGAGCAGUGAAUCAGGGAAAUCUCAGGGGGAUCUGAAGUGUCAAAGACGACGACUGUGGGAAAGUAGGCUGAGGAUAGCGUCAACAAGACACCAUAGAAAAGGCUGGGAAUGACGGGAGGGGAAAAUUGUGGUUGCAAGUUUCCAGGGAGGCUGGUGUUCACAGUGACCCGAGUACUUCUUAGCCACAGCUCUUACCUAGUUUCUGUGUUAUAUUCUCUCUCCCUUCCCCUCACCCUGUCUGUCUUACACACACACACACACACACACACACACACACACACACACACACACACACACACC